GAGUUGUCAAAAAUCGAUGACGUUUUGACGUCUGACAUUACAGUCCAUCGUUGCAUUUCUUAUUUAGUGAUUGAUCUAAAAUUUUAACACGUCGAGAUCUUGUUUUUAUUACCCAAAAUAAUGGUUGAAGAAACAACUAACACAGAAAAUGUUGAGAAAAUCGAAGGGGAGCAAGCUCCUCUACCUACCGAGCCUAUUAAAAUUUUUACUGUUGAAAUACUGCAUAUGGUGAAAGAUGCUCAACAACAGCACGGGUUGCGGCACGGUGAUUAUCAGCGUUACCGAGGAUAUUGCACCCGUCGUAUUAGACGUCUCCGAAAAGCUUUAAAGUAUCCUCAGGGCGAUAAACGUCAUUUCAAACGACGAGAUGUUACAUUGGUUCAGUUAACUGGGAAACGUGCAGAUGAACGUUUCAUACAUAUUCCAUUGAUUAGUGCCGAGCGCGCAUGGUCGUAUGCAAUGCAGCUAAAGCAGGAGGCUAAUACUGAGCCUAGAAAACGUUUUCAUAUGAUUAACAAGCUACGUAGAGCCUGUUUUUAUGCUUUGCAACUACAAGAGCUAUGCAAUUCUGAAGCAUUCGACGCCCGUACUAAACUCGAAUGUGAAGCUUAUGUCGCAUGGAUGCAUGGUUCUUUACACUUUGAACUACAACUCUGGGAUAAAGCACUGGAUCAUUUAAAACGCGCACAAGUCGUUUAUGAAAAUCUUGCAAAGGCACUGCCUGAAGAUGAGCAAGAGCUCUAUCAUGCUAAGGUGAACGAAUUCACGCCUAAUUUACGAUACUGCGCUUAUAACAUAGGUGGAGGUGGCGGUACCAACAAAAUGGAUGAUUUGUUGGAAUUACGUGCACAGGGAUUAUUGGAGAAUCUAGAUAUGCUUGUUAGUCAAACAAAAGUGGAAAGUAGUGAAGGGUUGCAAACCAUUGAAUGGCGUAAUCGUAAAGUUACUGUACGUCCAGAAAAAGUGCGUCUAUUUUUGUUGAGCAUACAAGAAGUUGAUAAGUCGUUAGAGAAAACAACUAAAGUCGACUCAAAAAUCGAGUUAAUUGAACGCAUUUUGAUGGAUUGUAAAGAUGCUAUACAAGCCGUUAGGGAGGAAAUUAAACAAGAUCCUAAAUUACGUUCGCUUACUACUGGUCAAACCGUGAGUGGUGUGCAAUAUUUAUUGGCUUAUUUAUCGUACAUUCGUCAUAGCCGCACUUUGCAACGCAAUCUUUGCCUUGUAGAACAAAUUAAAUCUAAUUUUGAUGAUCCAAACCAAAAGUCAAACAUUAUUGGUGAAGGCAAGCGUGUACGCCCUCAGGAUCUUGCACGGUUAUAUGAAAUAAUUUUACAAAAUGUCACUGAAAUGCAGCAAAUUCAAGGAAUGGAAGACGACACGGUUUACCAAGACGAAAUGGAAAAUCUAGUACUCACCUUUAAGGCAUUCCGUUGUUAUUACAUUGCACUUACACUAAUUGAUAUGAAGAAAUGGAAGGAAGCUGUUGCUUUGUACGAACGUUCAUCGAAAUACGCCAAUGAAGCGCUGGCCGGUAAGGCAAGUGAUGAGUUCAAAUUGACUGACGAAUUGAAGAAACUCGUCUCGACCAUUGAUGGUUGUAAAUUCUCAGCACACGCAUACAGUGUACUCGAAAAUGAUACCUCCGAGGAUGCAAUUUUCCAAUCCAAGUCUCAAAAAUCCACAAAGCCGCUAUACGAACGUUUAUCACAAUACAAAGAAGACCAAUCGCUGCACACUAAAACACCAAAUGUGUUCAAGAUGACCCCUGAGAUGGAGGCGAUAGCAUGCAAGCCGCUUUUCUUUGAUCUGGCUAUUGGUCACAUUGAAUUACCGCCAUUAGAUGAUAAACUGCAAACAUCUGGCAAUAAAGGCGCUGCAUCCAUUUCUGGUUUUGUAAAGGGAUUUUUGGGUUGGGGUGGAAAGAAAUGAAUUGCUGCCAACGAAAUAUUUCAACUACAAAGUAACCAUACCAUCAGUUUAAUUAAUUAAUUUCAAAAUACCAAUUUACCAUGCAUGACAGGCAGUUGGUAGUAAUAAGAAAGCAGUGUGGCUAAAGAGAAUUUGAAAAAUUCAUCGGUGUCUUUGGGUGGGACAUAGCAUGGUAAAUGAUAUGGUGUAAUUGGUGGUGCAUUUUAAGUGUGAAGGUGAUUCCACAUACAGCAAAUUGUUUUACAGUUGUUUUAUUAUUAUUAUUUUUGUAUUUCUUCCACUGAGUGAAGUAAACCAUAAACUUUUGAAAGUGAAUUGUGAAUUGAGAAAUAAAACAUUGAUUCUUUUACAUAUGCAGUAUAAUAAAAAA